AUGCCUCGUAGUAGAUCGCGUGACCGUAGGCGUCGUUCACGUUCCCGCUCACGUGACGAGCGUCGAGAUCGUGAUAGGCGGUAUCGCAAAGAUAAGGAUCGUCGACGAAGACGUGAUUCUGAUCAUUCCGCUUCUGAAAAUGAAAUCGAGUCACUGCUGAAAAGAGAAAAACGAGGAAAUGGUAGUUCAAAUUCACCCUCUACAUCGCUAGGAGCGUUGGUUAGCGAAUUAGGGGCUGGCGUGAAAUUUGAUGCAUCGCAGCUGAGUCAAGCAGCCAAAGAAUGGUUGGAUGCAAGGGUCACUGAGCAGGUGAGUGCAAGAGUAGCUGAUUUGGAAUUGUUGGUUCAGGAACGCGUAGCCAAGGCACGCGCAGACCUGGAAUCCAGGUUACGUUCGCAGAUUGAGCAAGAAAUGAUACACGAAGUGGAAGAAAGUCGAAAAAGAGAAGAGGAGUCAAAAAAACGAUGCAUAGAACUUGAAGAAAAUUUGGAGAAUAAAAUGAAAGAAUUGGAGGAAACAGAAAAGAAAUUGAAGCAGGAGCGCUUAUUAAUGCUGGAAACGAAGAGCAAACUAGAAAUGGAACGAAAUGCGCUGAUUCAAGAACGCGAAAUGUUAACCAAAAGUGAGCAGCAAGCGAUACUGAAUAAAGGUGGAACAAUGAGGGCGCCAAUCAAGUUGAAGCUCGGCUUUAAAUGA